AUGUCGUCGCCAUUUCGCAUCGUCAAUCAUGUCGUGGAAUCCCAGCAUAUCCGCGAAUACCCUGGGGCCACGGCGAAUGAGCAGGAAGAGCCCUUGAAACUGGCAGUGAAACAAUACAUUCCGCUCAACAACCCCAAUCCCCAACCCGGCGAUGUGACGAUUCUCGCUGCACACGCCAAUGGGUUCCCUAAAGAACUAUACGAGCCUCUUUGGGAGGAAAUCCACGCUCGGUCCCAAGAAGCCGGAUUCCGCAUUCGAAGCAUCUGGAUGGCCGACGUAGCCUGGCAAGGAGAAAGCAGCGUGAUCAAUGAAGAUUCCCUAGGAAACGACCCAAGCUGGUUCGACCACCCGCGCGACCUGCUUCAUCUCCUCAACGUUAAACGGGCUGAAAUGCCCCGACCAAUCAUCGGUAUCGGACACAGCAUGGGAGGCGCGCAUCUUACACAAUUAAGCUUGAUGCACCCCCGCCUGUUGCAUACCCUAGUGCUACUCGAUCCAGUCAUUCAGCGUCAAACCACUCAGCUGGAUGGAUUCAGUCUGCGCGAGAACAAACGCAUCAUUGCAAAGACAACCCAGCUCUCCACCCACCGCCGGGACAUCUGGCCCUCACGCAAGGCUGCCGCGGAGGGAUUCAAACGUAGUCCGUUCUAUCAGGCCUGGGACCCUCGCGUCUUAGAUCGCUGGGUGGAAUACGGCCUGCGCGAUCUUCCAACACCCAUUCACUCGCUCGGCGGAAAGCCCAUCGAUGCGAAGAACCCGCCUGUCACCUUGCGGACCACACUGCACCAGGAGGUCUUCACCUUCUCACGACCAAACUAUAACCAUGUCCCUGGAAGCGGUAAGCCUGUUAAUCGGGUGACCCAUCCAGAUCUCGAUGAAAACCACCGAGAUUCUUACCCGUUCUACAGACCGGAGCCGGCGCGUAUCUUCGCGCAGCUGCCGCACCUCCGUCCUAGUGUGCUUUACAUCUUUGCGGGCAAGUCAGAUAUGUGUAUGCCUGAUAUGCGGGCUGACAAGCUUUCCAAUACGGGUACGGGUCUCGGCGGUAGUGGUGGUGUUGCCGCUGGUCGAGUGCGUGAUGUUUUCCUUGAGGACUUUGGGCAUUUGCUUGCGCAGGAGGCUGUGAACGAGUGUGCUGAUGCAGCGGUUUGCUGGCUGGCACCGGAAUUGAGACGUUGGAAAGACGAGGAAGAGAGCUUCCGGUCCAUGUGGAACAAAAAGACUAAGCUUGAGAAGCAGACUGUCGAUGCGGAAUGGUUGAAGAAUGUCCCUGCACCGGCUCGUCGACCUAAGAAGGCGGACCCCGGGUCGAAGCUGUGA